UCGAUUAUUCCCAUAUCAUUCUUUAGUACGCCUGGGAGGUGCAUUCCGGAAGCCCCUCGUUAUCAUCGUCAAGGAGUAUUGCGGUGUGGUUUUAGGGAAAUUCCCAAAAUACGUCCAAUAUGUCUGGGAGUGGAGUCAGUUAUUCGCCGGAGAAGGAGGUCAGCUACGUCCCUGAGAAGGAGAUCGCACCUACGCCCGAUUAUACCAAUGAUGGACCAGUGGAUGGAGAGUUGGUCAACGCCUCAGGCCAUCGCCAGGAACUCGAGCGGAACUUUGGUCUUAUCAGUAUUUGUGCUGUGGCAGUGACCACCGGAAACACAUGGAUUGCCCAAGGUGGUAGUGUUGUUGUGGCUCUGAGCAACGGUGGACUUGCAGGAACUAUCUACGAAUUCAUGGCUGUGUCUGUCUGCUACUGGUUGGUCGCCGCAUCGAUUGCCGAAUUGGCAUCGGGUAUGCCCUCAGCCAGUGGUGUUUACCAUUGGGCAACUAUCACUGCGGGAAGCAAGUACGGUCGCGUGUGCGGAUUCUACGCUGGAUGGUGGAACUGCCUGGCUUGGAUUCUCGGCGCUGCAUCGAUGUCUUUGAUUCUGGCUCAACAGACUGUGGCUAUGUAUGUGCAGAUGCAUCCUGACUUCGUGCCCUCACAAUGGAACGUGUUCGUCAGCUUCCUCCUCUGCACCUGGACUUGCUGCUGCAUUGUGCUGUUCAUGAACCGCUUCCUUCCUUACAUUGGAAACCUCGGCAUGUUCUUCAUUCUCGCCGGUGUGUUCGUUACUAUCGUCGUGUGCGCUGUGAUGCCUCAUGUGACCGGCUCUGGAUAUGCCCCCGACAAGCUCGUGUGGGCGACUUGGGAGAACGGAACCGGUUAUUCCCAGCAAGGAUUCGUCUUUGUGGCUGGUAUGCUCAACGGUGCUUACAGUGUUGGCACCCCUGACUGCUCAUCUCACUUGGCUGAGGAGAUCCCAAAGCCGAGCCGAAAUAUCCCCAAGGCUAUCCUGGCCCAGAUGGGUGUCGGUUUCGUCACUGGUAUCUGCUACAUGAUCGCAAUCUUCUAUUCCAUUAACGACCUCUCCAAGGUGACCGACCCGACCACCUUCUUCCCUCUUGCUGAGAUCUACCGCCAAGCCACCGGCUCCCAUGGCGGCGCUCUCGGUCUCCUGGUCGUCGCUUUCCUGCCUACCUUUGUUACUGCCUGCGGCUGCUACAUCACCGCCGGCCGUACACUCUGGACCAUUUCUCGUGACGGCGCCACUCCAUUCGCGGGAUGGCUUGGACGCAUCAGCCCCAAGUUUAAGAACCCCUUCAACGCCACCCUGGUCUGCGGUGGCUUCAUCACCAUCCUGGCAUGCAUCUACCUUGGCUCGACCACCGCUUUCAGCGCCUUUGUGGGAUGCUUCGUGCAGUUGUCCAGUCUUUCGUACUUCAUGGCCAUCUUCCCUCACAUCUUGACCCGCCGUUCGUCUUUCGUUCCUGGAUACUUCUUCAUGAACAACAGAAUUGGCUAUGUCGUCAACUCCUUGUCCUGUGCCUACAUCAUCGUCUUCGCCAUUAUCUUCUGCUUCCCUUACGUUGUGCCUACUAGUGCCGCGACGAUGAACUAUGCCAGUCUGAUGACUGGAGGUCUGUCCAUCUUCGUUACUAUCUGGUGGUUCAUCCACAAGGGCUCCUACGUGGGCCCGAAGCAUGUCCCAUUGACCGACAAGGCCCUGGCCGACGAUGCUCGUCCUUUAAUGCACCAGAGUGAUCUACCAACUCACGUGACUACGCGUCCCGCGCCCGUGUCGCGUCCUCAUCCAAACGCUAUCUUGAUCAAGGAAGAAAAGACCAGCAUAGUCAUGGUCUUCAAACCCUUCAAAUCCCCUUUAAUUAGGAAUCCCGCUACAUCAUCGACCGAAACUCCCGACGAGGCCAGUCGUCCUACCAAAAAGCCCCGCCUCGAAGACGAACCAGUACCCAAGGAGGUGCAAUCAACACCGAUAGCUAGUCGAAAGCUACUCCUACAGGUCAAUAAUCGAGGGCCAGACAGUGCGACGCAAUCAGCAGCCGGUGAAUCGACCAAAGAUGAUACAUCCGACGAAAGAUAUUUCAAUGUUCUUUGGCGCAAACCAAGCGCCAAAAAGCACAAAACAUGGGACGGAGACGGAAUCCUUUCCUCCCGCGGAGAAUUCGUGUUUCUGCGAGACAUUGCCGGAAAAGAGAUGGGACGGAAGAUGCACGAAGCCCGCCUCGAGCCGGGAACAACACUGUCUAUCGCCGGGAAAGAGGUUGAAAUAGACUCCGAGAUCUCGCGCAAGGAAUACCUCUCCGGCAGAAUCUUCCUGGAAGCCACGAAGCCAGCACCUACCUCCACGCGGGACCCGGUGCCCACACCGAAGAAAGAAGCUCUCCCCGCUCGAAAGAAGGGUGAAGUACGCAAGCCUACCGCUGCUGAGCGGACACAGUCCCUCAAGCGCUCGCUGGCUCUAGUUACUAACCCAAAUGCGAACCCUGGAACCGCACCGGCCACGUUUGCGGCUUAUAAGGCGCCGCUGCUUGUGAACACGGUUACUCCCAAGGUUAUGGGGAAGGUCGUUCCGCGUCAUGAUCCCAAGGCCGUUGGUGCAUUGGUUAUGCCGCGGCCGAAGUCUGUGCCGAAGGGGAGACAGGUUGUGGAUGUUGUUGUUGAUCCUCUCUUGACCAAGAACUUGCGGCCGCAUCAGCGUGAGGGUGUGAAGUUUUUGUAUGAGUGUGUGAUGGGCAUGCGGUCAUUCAAUGGUGAAGGUGCCAUUCUCGCAGAUGACAUGGGCUUGGGAAAGACUUUGCAGACUAUUGCGCUGCUUUGGACUCUGCUCAAGCAGAACCCUGUCUUUGAAGCCCCGCCUGUUAUUAAGAAGGCCUUGAUUGUGUGUCCUGUCACUCUUAUCAAUAACUGGCGGAAGGAGUUCCGCAAGUGGCUCGGCAACGAGCGCAUUGGAGUUUUUGUCUUUGAUGAUAAGAGUAAACGUCUUACGGAUUUCACCAAGGGCCGGGCUUAUAGUAUCAUGAUUGUUGGAUAUGAAAAGCUCAGAACGGUCCAGGAAGCUUUGGCGAAUAGUUCUGGAGUCGAUAUCAUUAUCGCGGACGAAGGUCACAGGCUCAAGACAUUGCAGAACAAGAGUGGUCUAGCGAUCCAGUCGCUCAGCGCUGUGAAGAGAGUCAUCCUCUCCGGCACACCAAUCCAAAAUGAUCUGAGAGAGUUCUUUGCAGCCGUGGACCUUGUUAACCCAGGGAUACUGGGAAAUUUCAAGUCCUUCAUUCGAGAGUUCGAAACCCCAAUCGUUCGCAGCAGACAGCCAGAAGCAACGAGGAAGGAGAUCGAGAAAGGAGAGUCCAGAGGCGAGGAGCUGCGAGAACUCACCUCCAAAUUCAUGCUCCGCCGAACAGCAGACAUCCUGGCCAAAUACCUCCCCCCAAAGACCGAAUACGUCCUCUUCUGCAAACCAACCCGCCCUCAAGCAAACAUCUACAAAGCCGUCCUCGCCUCCCCAAUCUUCCAAACCGCAAUGGGUAACGCCGAAAGCGCCCUGCAGCUAAUAACAAUCCUCAAAAAACUCAGCAACAGCCCAUCUCUCCUGACAGCCAAAAACAACAACAACACCCCCAACGAAACAAUGACCGCCCUCAUCGACUCCAUCCCCCAACCCCUCCACCGCCAUCUAUCCCCCUCCUCCAGCGCGAAAAUCCGCGUCCUCGACCAACUCCUCGACACAAUGCGCAACAAAACAGACGAGAAAAUAGUCCUCGUCUCAAACUACACCUCAACCCUCUCCCUCCUCGCAACCCUCCUCACCUCCCUAGGCCUCCCCUACCUCCGCCUCGACGGCAGCACACCAGCCCAGAAACGGCAAGGCCUGGUAGACGACUUCAACCGUCUCCCCGCAAGCUCCUGCUUCGCCUUCCUGCUAUCCGCAAAGGCAGGCGGCACAGGUCUCAACCUGAUCGGCGCGAGUCGUCUCAUCCUCUUCGAUGUAGACUGGAACCCGGCAACGGAUAUUCAGGCCAUGGCUCGUAUUCACCGCGACGGCCAGAAACGUCCUUGUCGUAUCUACCGUGUUCUGCUCAAGGGUAGUCUUGAGGAGAAGAUCUGGCAGAGACAGGUUACCAAGCUUGGUCUUGCGGAUAGUGUUAUGCAGGAGAAGAGUACCAGUAAUGGUGGUGCGCAGUUCUCAGCUGCUGAGCUGAGGGAUUUGUUCAGGCUUGAUGAGGACAGGGCUUGUCAGACGCAUGAGUUGUUGGGUUGUCGGUGUGGUGGACGGGGUGUUCAGGCUGAUUCUGAGGCUUCGUCUGGGGCUGUGACGCCUGCUACUGUUGAUGGUGGGGGUCUUGUCAAAGCUUCAGAGGUCGAUAUGGAGAAACAAGAACAGUCUAUCCGUGACGGCACUUAUCGGGCUAAGAUGGCUGGGAAGGGGAAGAAGGGCACGAAAGAGAAGGAUGGCGAUACGAAGAGUCAGAAAGAUAAGAUGCACCAGUCUUUGGCUCAGUACUCGCACAUUGAUCCAACCCUGCUUGCAGCUGAGUCCGAUUCUAAUGCCGAGGCUGGGGCUGAAGAUGAGGAGCUUGAAGCUGCCAUUGAUGACGAUGUGCUGGUUUCAAUGCUGAAGGAUGAGUGUAACUUGAUUGGAUAUGUUUUCAAGAAGAGUAAUGGGGCGGAAAUGAGGAGUUAG